AUGGAGUUCAAGCCAGAUAAGUGUGAGGUGUUGAGGAUUACUCGAAAGAAAAAACAUAUCAUCUACAAUUAUACACUCCAUAAUAGAUCACUAAAAACUACAGAAGCUGCUAAAUACCUGGGCGUUACACUAAGUGCCUUUGGUAUAGACUUUACUGAAACGGAAGAUAUAUGUUCAGGUUUACAGACAGUGUCUAAAGGUCUUCUAGAGCACGGUGUUACCUCAUUCUGUCCUACCAUAAUCACCAGUCCUAAACAAACUUACCACAGGGUUAUACCAAAAGUUCAGAAGUGCAAUGGGAGCAAGAAUGGAGCUGGUAUCCUAGGUCUACAUUUAGAGGGACCAUUUAUAAAUAAAGUUAAGAAGGGAGCUCACAAUCCAGAUAAUAUCAGGUCAUUUCCAAAUGGUAUCAGGGAUGUUGAUGAAAUGUACGGUGAUUUUGACAAUGUUGCCAUGGUUACCUUGGCACCAGAACUGGAGAGGUCAGGGGAGGUUAUACAGGAAUUAUGCAAAAGAGGUGUUAAAGUUUCAUUAGGUCACAGUUCAGCAGAUCUGGUUACUGGGGAGACGGCUAUUAACAAUGGAGCAUGUAUGAUCACACAUCUCUUCAAUGCCAUGGUGUCAUAUCAUCAUAGAGACCCUCAUUUGAUAGGUGUAUUAACAAGUACCCAUAUAGACGAGGGCCGACCAUUGUACUACGGACUGAUUGCUGAUGGUAUACAUACACAUCCCUCUGCUUUACGGUUAGCACAGAGAGUGCAUACUAAAGGGCUGGUGCUAGUGACUGAUGCUAUAUCAGCUAUGGGUCUGCCUACAGGGGAACAUUGGCUAGGUAAUCAGAAAAUUGAGGUGAAAGGCAAGCAAGCUACAAUAGCAGGCACUGAGACACUCUGUGGCAGUAUCGCAAAGUUGGACUACUGUGUGAGAAAUCUUUUAAAAAAUACUGGAUGUGGAGAGGUGCUAGCACUGGAGUCAGCAAGUUUACACCCAGCCAAGAUGCUUGGUAUCACUGACCGAAAGGGCACGUUGGAUUAUGACACCGAUGCAGACUUUACCAUUCUUGAUCAAGCCCUCAAUGUGAUGGCCACAUAUAUUGCCGGAGAGCAAGUCUGGAACUCGGGACUUCUUGUUGGACUUUGAUAUAUAUGCUGGUGUAAUAUUGUUGAAAUAAUUGUCAUUGCCAGACGUGCUACAGCAUGUCAUCUUCCAAAUAUUGUUAUUGUAAUGUUGUUGGUUUUUUUUACAAUUUUUAUUGUAAUUCUUUUGUAUCAAAUAGUAGUAGUUCCAGUUUAGAAUGUUGUAAGGGAAUAUCAGUUUUGAGUAUUUAAGGUAUCUGGUCCACAAAUAAGCAAGUUCUGUAUAACAGUGUUGUUAAAAUAUAUCAAAAAUUGAUGCCUAGAAGGCUUAUUAAAAUUUUGUAUCAUUUGAAAGUGUAUUGUCUACUGAAAAAGAAAAUAUAAAUUACAUGACAAAAAUAUGUUACAGAAUUUUUAUUUUAUUACUUUAUAGUCUUCAAUUAUACUUCAACAGAAAUCCAGUUAUUGCAGUGUAAAAUUUAUCAUUUCACGGUCAAAAACAUGACUUUGAUGAUUCUUGCUUAAUAUUUAUGGUCAUCUUAUUUACUAAUUCUUGUUCAGCAGACAUCACUCAUUCAAAUGAUAUCAAAAAACAUGGGGUCACCAGGCAUCAAAAUUUUACCUAUUUGUGGAUCGGAUACCUUAAGAGAAUCAAACUGGGUACUUUUAAUGUAACCUGUAUCCUUUAUAUAUUGAUGGAAGCUCAUUAAUUGAUACAAAAUUAAACAUGAAGGAAAACAGCAGAUACUUAUCUGAUAAACUUAACUGAAAUCAAAUAGAUUUAUGCUGUUUCAGAUAAUUGUAGAUUUUUAUAUCAUAUUUUUCUAUCAUUUAUACUAAAGUUUUAAGGAUCUGUGAUAGUAUAGAGACCAUACUAAGAGUUCUUCGCAUACUUUAGUGUAAUAGAAAUAACAGGUAAAUAGAAGCAAUGGACUUUAUAUCUAGGAAUGAAUGAUAGUUAGUCUUAGUCAUAAUACUGAUUGAAAGCAAAGGCUAAUGAAUUUGUGUGAUAAAGGAAGGUAAUUAUUA